AUGUGCUCGAGAGAAGAUCUCGAUUAUCAAGACGUGCAAAUUCAGGAACUACGAUCUGAUGUUUUGAAAGUGAAGACUGAACUUACCGGUCUCUCUAGGAGUUUACUACGUACAAAGGAGAGUGUGAUACGACAUGACGAGAAUUCAGACGUUGCUGACAUUCGCGAAGACCUAUCACUUCAUGAAAUGAAGUUAGAACUUUCUGGGAUAAGAUCAGAACUUUCUCAUGUCAGAGUCAGUUUAGAUGCUGUGUUAGCAAGGUUAGCUAAGACUGAAGAUUAGUUUGAUUCCCUCAACAGUAGCCAAACUUACAGCAUCUAAAUUUCUGACGUAAAAGUGAAGAAGGCAAAAAAAAAAAACCUUCGAAUUUACUGUGGGUAAAAGAGGCACGAUCAAGUUCACUUGACGUUUAUUUGAUAGCAUUCGGGGCUGAAACGUUCCUCCAGUGCGAAAUAUCUUCGCACCCGACAAGUGACCUUGAGUCAUUAUCAAAUGUGAACUGAAGCGUAGAGAGAGAUAUUAAAUUAUUUUAAAACACAAGAAUUUUUCUCUCAUUUGUUUUAAUUCUUAAAGAAAAAAAUGAAGAAAAGGUGGUUGCAUAGUUUAUGGCAUUAUUUACCAUAUCAUAUACCCACUUUUCUAGAAUUGUUCAUCUUUAAUUUAGUUUUUUUUUACAUCGCUUCAAGUUCAUUUCCCCAAAAUCAGGCAGUGCCAAUUCUUCGAUCACAAUUUUCAGUUGUUUUCAUCAUGACGUCAAAAUGAUCAAAAGUGGAACUGCGAGCCUCUACGGCGUGGUAUAACCGCAUAAUUUCCGGAUGUAGACGUCUGCACUCAAGGUAGGAUCUAUAGAUCGGCAAUGUAAAAUUGAGAAUUUUCAAGGUCUACUCUGCCGAAGUUAAUCGUGUGAGACAAACAACUACUCCACUUCUGUUGCCUAUGAAACUAUUGUAUCUUCACAACGAUCAUUUACGGUUUAUUGUUUGUCUCACGAUAGUUCCCCUGUUAUUCAUGGUAAAUUUCGUUCGUUCACAACUGAACUUCAGCAGGUGACUAUUUAGCACCAUACAGUAUAUACUAGUGAUUGGUGUAAUCACUAGCAACCGUUGUGUUACUAAUUCACCUCACAGCAAAACGAGCCUCAUCACUGAUACAGCCACCUCUAUCUUAACGGACACCUCAAUAAGACGGACACCUGGAACUGGGGCCUGCCUUUUUUUUUUAUUCCUUUUAGUUCAGUUGACCCUCUACAAAACAAACAUCUCUCUAUCUGUCUUAUACAGACUCAUUGAUCCGGUCCCACUAGGGUGUCUGUCUUAGAUAGAAUUGACUGUACUAUAAAACGUGCAACGAACAGGACCCGCGGAGCAGUUUUUCAAGUGGGGAGCCCCUCCACCUCUUGAAUUGAAGGGAGGGGGAGAACUCUAAAACAACAAGAUGUAUUCUAAAGCAUGUAAAUAUCACUGUAACUGUAACAAGAAAUAAGUAAGAGAGAUUCUAACUGAUAUUUUAGAAUCCUCCUGUCAUAUUACAGCGACGUACUGGUAUUUGGCCAUGUACAAUGUAUCUAGUGCAUAUGGAACAUCUUAACAGAACGACUGUUUAAACGUUUUACGGUAAUCAAGGGAAAGGACCUCUGGGAAUUUUAGUAACUGACGCUUAUCAAAGGUUUGCUUAAUACAGGUUUGACAGUAGGUAAUACCUCACCUGAGAGAGUGGGGUUUUCCGCUUUUGCAAAAAUAAUCUGAAAUUCUCGUUGCCCGUUUUUUGCUAAUGUUGGCAGUCUGCGACGAUUCUUCAGAUUCGUUGUUUAUAUUACAAAAGAUCAUAUGCGCCUCUUUGUUGGUUAUGAUCGCAGGAUUGUAUGA